AUGCGUGAUUUGGAUCGCUCGGAUAAGGCACGGCACGAUCCGGAUGUUGAUAAACAAGCCAGAGAAUGGGCCGAAAAACUGGAAUAUGAGUAUGGUAUCACCAAACAGCAUGUGCAGAAGAUUUUAACAAAACGACAACUGGAACGGGAGUACCACACCUACUACGAGAAGCGCCAGCUGGCAUCAGCAUACGACUUGUUUUUUGUCGACAGUGUUGUCGAGAAAAGUGUUGUUCACUUCUGUGGCAAAGAAUUUCACAAAGCCAAAAAGUAA